GUACGUCCAAUAAUGUCAUCGAUUAACAGUAUCGAUUCUCAAGGCACAUUACAGUGGGAUAUGAUGGAACUAGCUCGUCAUCUGCGGCAGGAAAGACUCUUUGUCAACUCGGAACAACAAAACUUACAGGCUCUUAAUGAACGAGUCUUGUUCGUCUCAUCACAGUUAGCACAGCAAGCAUGGAUAACCGCUCAACAGAGAGUCAAUCUGAAUCGCUUGAUAGUGGCGAGGCCGGAUUGUACUCCAGCAUCAUGUUGCCUAAAAGCAAAUGCAUUGGAAAAUUCUCAUUUUAUCGACGCAUAUAAGUACUUGCGCUAUCAGGCAUGUUUGUCCUAUGGAGAAUUCCUGGGUGCACUGCGAAAAUCACCCAAACUCCUUGCUUCGUGCCUAGUCGAGGGAGACAGAGUCAUUCCAGAAUCAAUGCAGACAAUCAUACAAUGCUUGGCUGCUGGAUUAUAUGGCAGCUGUAUAUUGCCAGAGGACAAAAGUUUAGUUCUCCAGUUGCUGAGGCAUCUUAUGUUGUUGCAGAUAAUUCCGUCUGACAAUCCGCGAAGGUUGCUCAGGCACGGCACCUGCGCAUUUUCCAGAUUUUACUCCAUUUUUCACGAAAGCCUGUUUUCUGCAAAGCUUUUCUUAACAGCAGCUUUGCAUAACCCUAUAGUGCAAUUACUCAUGGAAGAUGAAAUGUUCCUGGACAUCGAUCCGGAUAAAGCGCCUAUUAGAUUUCCACCUGCAGAGAGAUUGAAGAAAUUCGGAAAAGAGGGCACGCCCGAGUAUCAAGCAAAAUUACAGCGUUACAGACUGUGGACAGUUAAUUCUUUGUAUCGUAUUACACAGAGAUUUAUUGUUAACAUUCGCGAAACAAUGUACUGCUUUCCUACGAGUGUUUGCUGGCUUGUAAGACAAAUGGCAGGGCUCCUUAGCAAGAAUGGAAAUGUAGAUCCGAAAGAAGUACAUGCCAUGUGCACGGAUCUUGUAUUUACGUACUUUAUUUGCCCUGCUAUAGUUAAUCCAGAACCUUAUGGUAUUACCGAUGCACCGAUAAGUUACGUCGCGAGGUUCAAUUUGAUGCAAGUUGGACAAAUUUUGCAAUUGCUUUCGCUACAAAAAUAUCAAAGUAUCGAUAAUAAAGUUAUUGAUCUUUAUAAAAAGUUCGAGAAGGAUUCGGUGUCUUCCAUAAUAGAUUUGAUGCUGGAUGGUGCGACGGAAGAACUGGAGGAGGAACCAACGAUGAUUGACAAUAAUAAAUUUCAAGGCCUGUCACGAUCCGCAGCAUUGUUUACGGAAAGUGAAUUGAAUUCCUUAAUUACGUUUUUAAAUACAAUUGCUGGUGAUAACAAUGGAGAAACGACAUCGCAUAAUUCAUUCGAUAGAAAACAAUUAGUCGAGAUGCUGUCACAAUUACCUUCAGGUUUACUGCAUAAUAAUAAACUGAGUAAUGAAUAUUUAGAAACACCUAACAAACGAGGUGUUACAGGUGCUACAGGGAAAGGAAAAGGACGUAUAAGGAUGACUACAUUUUCACCAAAUGUAACAAACGAAAGUGGAGAAGAAAUUAAUGGCACUGCUGCUGUUGCUGCUGCUGCUGCUGCUGCUGAAGAAGAAACAUUGGAUAAAAAUUCUCAAGACGUACUAGUCAUACCUUUCGGUCCAACAAGUGGAGAAUCCAUAGGACUACUCAGUGAACAGAAAGUUUUACGCAUGGAACUUCAAAACGGUAUGGAGAAUGGACCUGUUACUUUGAAUCUCCCUGAUGACGCUUCAGCUGAACAUCCUAGACAAGAGAACAGCAAUGUUGAACGCAUCGAAACGCAAGAAAAAAGGACUCGAUUCUCGCUAUCGCACGACGAAGUAUUGUUCGAAGGAUCGAUUGGCAAUACAUCCGACAAUUUAGAAGCUGUAUCAGAAGCCGCAUCCAAUCAUAGUGUUGCUUCUUCUCUAGAAUUAGAGACAGAAGAUCAAAAUGAUAAUCUCUCAGACAUGGUGUCGGCUAAUGUGUCGGGUAGAGGAACUCCUAAUAUAUCAGGUCGAGAUACACCAUCCUCCCAAAUUACUGAAGGAGAUGAUGGACGUGCUGCAGGUGAAGUAAGACAAUUGGAUUUGCCACCGCCUAAUAUCCCAACUAAGCAAAGUCGAUCUGAAAUUGAUGAUAAAUUCUGUAAAUUUGAGAUUAAGAAACUUAUUGAAGGAGACGAGACUGUUUCUAUGGUAUCCGAUACUUGGUCUACGGAUGUAUUGGCCUCUGAUAGUGAAAUAGUCGAACAACAAGAUCGAAUAUUGCUUCCUGUUCCUCCUGAACAGGUUGCACCUGUUUUGGCUGUUGAACCUACGUCAACCAUGUUAGACAUUAGUGAAACCGCCUCUGAAGCCUGGAGUACAGAUGUAUUGGCCAGCGAUUCAGAAAGAUUGACUGAAGUAGAUACCGAUGAUACUGCUAGCGUUGCUAGGUCUGAUGAUACAGCCAGAUCAGAGAUCGAAAUAGAAAGCCGUGCUGAUUCCGAGGGAAAUGAAGAAACGCUUCAAUCUGCAACUCCAUGUCCAGAUGGCUCAGGCAUCAGUUUUUCAUCAGUGGCAGGAAUUCGGGAAGAUUCUGGCUCAGGAAUCUCAAUGAUAUGCCAUCCGUCACCAACAACGUCUCCGUUACCAUCAUCGUCAAACGUAACAGGUCGUGGUGGAACCAAAUCUGAUUAUCGACGUAGUACAAUGGAAUACGUAGAUAAAAACGCUAACAAUAUAAGCAAUAUGGAUUACGGUAAACCGUUGCGGGACGACAGACUGGUUCACUUGAUAGAUAAACUUCAAAUAGACAAUGGUAAGCAAGUUGAACGUCAAGCACCUGCGCACAAUCACAUCGCUGCGGCUGCAGUCGCACCGGCGUUGCUAUUAGCUAAUCAUAUUUCUGCGCCUGUUUUGCCAGAAAAGUCCCAAAACGGUGACGUGAAAGCAGAGAUUGUAAAUCAGGAAUCGGACAACUGCAUGACAUCGGUCGGAGAUACCGUAGGCCGAUUAAGCACGGCUAGCUUAACAUCCAGCAGCAGUUCUGGAUCGGAACCACGUGUGAAGAGUAAUAUUUCGGCGUCGGAUUUACCGACACCGACAGUUAAUGGUACUUGCGAUGCGGUAGAUGGGUCAGUUCCCAAUUUUUCCAAGCCAAAUGCAUCAACAGGAGCCAUUCCAAAGAGCAUAAGUUUCGACAUGACUGCUGAACGUGGCGAUAAAGAACUAUUGGACGAUGAUCAAAAGAACAAACGUGGUUUCUUUGGUAAAUUAAAGUUAUCAUUGAGAAAUCGCAGAGGUAAAGCGAUCCGCGGGACGGAUGAGAGAUAUUUUGAUCGAGAAGCUGGUGGCGACGGCGGUGUUGAUAUAUGCAGACAUAGAUUGCGCAAGAUUAUGUCGGAAGAUGUAACGUCAUCCGGUAACGUCGCAGGCGAUACUACCGAUGACAUACUAGCGAAAUAUAGGAGAAAACCAAGUACAGCAAGCGACACCGCCUCGGUCGAAAGCAACCAGUCUCGCACAAAGGAAGUUGAAGACGAAAGACUUUCAAUCGAUCCAAACAACAUAGAACUGUCUUACGCUUUUGCAGAUGCUAAAAGAAAAUUACGUAUGGUACUUAGUACUGCUGACCUUCAACACAUUCCAUGGAAUACGUCAGAGAGACAUUGUUGGUCGCAGAAAGAAAACGAAUUGGUUGCAUUUUUGCAACUACAAUUGGCAGAAGCUAUAAACUUGCAAGAUAGGGCAUUGAUAGCUCAUCUUCAUGAAACUUUACGUUGCGUGCGUCUAUUUAACGACGAUGGAUGUAGAAAACUCUUCAAAUCUCUUCGAGAGGAUUAUCAAAAGCGGUCCCCUUAUAUCGCGUAUUUAAUCAGAUGUCGUCAGGGAUUGCUGUCGACAUUAGCUCACUUAGAUAGAUUAUGUGUACGAGUUAAGUGCGAUCGAGAUGCUAUCAAUAAUCAUCUCGUAUCCGUCUGUGUAAGAGUGUUUUUGGAAAAAAGAGAAGCUUUUCUCCUGCGUUUCUGCGAUGAAUUUAAGAAACUUACACUGGCUGAUGAAAAGCAGGAUCUCGUGGAUAACUUUCUAGGGAAGGUGCACGCUGAAAUGGACAAUGACCCAAUUUGGCAAUGUAUGUCGGCGAGUGCCAAUCAGUUAGAUUUGGCAAGAAUGGUAGUGGAAAGAACCGUCAUGGCACGGGUGUACCACAAUGCGCUUUAUCCAAAUGGAGAUGGAGAUGUAUAUAGGGACCAGCUUCUUCACGAUCAUAUUAAAAAGUUGGCGAAGGUCGUAACUCCAAAUCACAAGGACCUACGCAUUCCAAAGGUUUAUCAUUACGAAUGCCCCUGGCCAUGGGCGCAGGCUGAAUUGGCUGUGAUAUCGGCGUAUAAGACUCCUAGAGAUAAGUUACAGUGUGUAUUUCGUUGCGCGACUACUAUCAUGAAUCUUCUCUCCAUGGCGUCAGAAAGAGGCAUACCUGCUGCCGAUGAUCUGAUUCCCGUAUUAGUUUAUGUCAUAAUCAAGACUAAUCCGCCGUCGUUACUAUCGACUGUUCAAUAUGUAGACAGCUUUUACGGGAAUCGAUUGGAGGGCGAGGAACAGUACUGGUGGACGCAAUUCUGCUCCGCGAUCGAGUUUAUCAAGACAAUGGAUUAACAGUUUCUGAGGAGUAUCAAGAUGAAUAAGAUUAAAUUCGAUGCUGGUGAUAAUGUAGAAAUGUAUCAUAAUCAUAAUUUGACGAUUUCACAAAGAAAAAGACCAAUAUCUUGUGUAAAGCUAGCUGAACAGUUUUAUGCUUCCAGUAUCUUGUUUAAAAUUCUUAAAUAGUUUCUUAAAUAGUCUAACUGUUAGUUUUUUCGCACGUAACAUUAGCAAAGACUGAAUCAGAUUGUACGUAAAGCAUGGCUUUAUCUUUAUUUGUAACUCUAUUGUACAAUUUCACAGAACAUCGAAAAAAGAAACGUUUAGAUAUUCUAUAAUUUAUGUGUAAACAAUACAGAACUUACAAAAUUGAUAACCAUUUAGCAGGAUAAAAACUGCGUUGGAGUACUCUUUCUAUAUUGCAUACCUUCCCCAAGAGCCGAGGCUAUCGAAUCAAGUUGGUGAAAAAUAUCGUACCACUUUCGUAACGCUUUUACAGUCUUUUACUCAGGAUACAUUUUAGAAAUGUCGCGAAAGAAAAAGGAGAAAUGAGAUUCAUCUGAAUCGGAGAUAGAGAGAGGAUAUAAUGAAGGAAGAUAGCUUUCGAGAAUUUGAGCUCGUAAUAUUCGUUAAUGUGUUGUGAGCGAUAUAAUAUAUAUUACUAUCUCACGCUGCUAUCAUUGUACUAUUAGAUUACUAAUAAUAAAUUAAUAUAUUGGUUAACAGUAGCUUAACAAAUAACGUUAUCACAUGCUCGAUUUAAAAAGCAGAGCUUAUGUUCCUUAUGAACAACUGCAAUAAAUAAUUCGAGGUAGAAAUCUUGAAGAAUGAACAAUCCGGCUAGAUGUAUCAGGAAAAUUGCAAAUUGCAAUAAUCGAGAGCGAGAUUUUCGAGCGAGGGAAUCGAUUGAGACACAUUUUGAACGAGUAUAAUGUCAACACUUUAAUGUAGCAAUUUAACUGAUACACAAGAGUGAUUCGUUCUUAUUUAUAAUAAACAACUAGUAAUAAUUAUCACUUACAGUAAAUAUGUAUGUAUAAGGCGUAAAGCAAAUAAAAAUUUUAUAACACCUUACGAUCAUCAUAUACACAACAUUAAUAUCUUACCGGUGUUCUCCGUUGUAUCGGAACGCAAAAAGGAAAGGAAAAAAAGAAAAAAAAA